UCGUGGACAUGAUGUUCAUGACGUUGCUGCCGUUGUACCUGUUCCACAACAACCUCAGCCGCGAGGAAUCCGCAUUCUGCAUGUCAGUUGCGGGCGUGGCGGACCUGCUAGGGCGAUUCACCCUUGUGGUAAUAGGGGCCUGUUGCAUCCCCAACAACAGAAUCUUAUUCCUCAUCAGUGCUGCCGUGUCUGUUCUCCUCAGAACAAUGUACAUCUUCUUCGCGGAUUACACGUCCGUUAUGGUGCUGUCAGCAUUGCUGGGCUACUCCAAGUGCUUCAUCCUGUGCGUAUUCACACUGGUCCUGGGAGAGGUGUGCAGCCCGGAUCGCUUCCCCGCUGCCUUCGGACUGCAGAGUGUCUUCACUGGGCUCCUCAACGUCGCCUUCGGGCCUCUCCUAGGUAAACUAAAGGAUUUGACUGGCAGCUUUAGUUCAAGUAUCUGGGUUCUUACCGUCCUUGGCCUGCUGUGUGUAAUACCGUGGACCCUGGAGCUUGCUGUGACCGAAAUUAGACAACGAAAGAAGAUGGCGAACGUGUGAAAGGAAGC